CCUCUCUCUGUCCCUCGCCCUUCCCUGGCUCCGUCAGUGCCUCUGUCUCCGCUUCACUCUUUGCACCCCUUUCUGCUUAGCCCCCCCCGCCACCUCGCUUUUUGCUCUGCCGCUCACGCGGCCAUUCCCUGACGGUCGCGGACUCGACCAGCCGUCGCCAGCGCAGCCGCGAACCCCACCCCCCGUGCUACAGCGAGGGAAGCGCUGGGCGGGACACCGCUUGGAGCCGUUCAGGGCAGUCAGGCGGCGUGGCGCCGCCUGCAGCCAUGCGGCUGGACGGCGCGCCCAUCGCCGUGGACUCUUUCUCGCACCUGGAGGCGGGGGUGCUCUUCUUCUGCAGCCACGCGCACGAGGACCACCUGAGGGGCCUGCACAGCGGCUGGGACCGCGGGCCGGUGUACUGCUCGCCGCUCACGGCGGGGCUACUGGAGCUGCGCUGGCCUGCGCUGGGGCCCCUCCUGCGGCCUCUCGCCCUCGGGGUGGUGCACCGACUCGCAGCCGAAAGUGGGGAAGGCCGCCGUGACGUGGAGGUCAUGCUGGUGGACGCGAACCACGUGCCAGGGGCAGUCAUGUUCGUGUUCGCUGGAGGCUUUGGGACGCUGCUCUACACCGGAGAUUUCCGCCUGCACCCAGACCACGCGGGCCUUCGCGACCUGCCGAUGCUGCAGAGCGGUCUGUCCCGCAUCUUUCUGGACAACACCUUCUGCCAUCCUGUUUUCGACCACCCUGCUCGAGAGGCCGUGGUCUCCAAGCUGCUCCAGGUUGUGGCGCCCAGGUGGCCCUGCAUACUCUUUGUGGCCGUCUACUCGCUCGGCCGGGAGCCGCUGCUUCGCGACUUGGCACAACGGCUUGGCACCCGCGUCCUCGCACCGUGGCAGCGCAUAGGUUCUCUCACGGCGGCUGGAAUUCUGACGGGCGAAUUCUCCGAGGAACCAGCAGGGCCACUGAGCACGUCCAUCAAUGAGUUGCGGCGCCUGGGGCAGAGGGGGUGCGUUUGGGUCGUGAAGAAGAACCAGUUGCGAGCCGCCGUGGAGCACGCCUCCUCGAGCGGCGUUCCUGCAUUUGGCGUGCAGCCGAGCGGCUGGUCGGCAGUGAACAGCAACGCCGCCCGAGACGGUCCAAUAUUUGCAGACGAGGCCGCGGACCAUGACGCAGCAUGUGAAGAUGGCGUGUGGGAGUUGCCUUACUCCGACCACUGCUCUUUUGCGGAAUUGGUGCAGUUCUUGUCGUUCCUGCCCCUUGCGCCAGUGACGUUCAUCACGCCGCUGCCGACCAAGACCUCGGGCAAGUACAGUUACGACGGCGUCGAGGGAGUAAACGUGCUGCUUCAGCAGACAGGGGUGCCCGCCAUCGCCUACGCGCAGCGCGCCAGGCCAGGGACCCGUGGUCCGCGAGGUGGUCGUGGGGAGGGGCCGCUGCGGCUCGCGCCCUGGCGCAAGCGGCUGGUGGCCCGGGCGCGCCGCGUGCUGCCCUGCCCAGGAC